AUGUCGACGCAGGAGUCCACGACUACCUAUUCUCAGGCGGGGGAGUCCCCGCGAUCCGCUAUGAGGCCACCACGGGUCCUUUCUUGCGUGCUGUGCCAGCAGCGCAAGGUCAGGUGUAAUCGUGAAUUUCCGUGUUUCAACUGCACCAGAGCUGGCGUCCAGUGCAUUCCUGCCAAUGGUGCGCGCCAGCGGCGUCGUAGGUUCCCCGAGCGAGAGUUGCUGGAGCGUCUGCGGCGCUAUGAGGCCCUGCUCCGCCAGAACAAUAUCCCAUUCGACCCGCUGCACGCACCUGCAGCAGAAAGUCCGUGCCAAAGCGAGUAUCCCAGAGGAUCCAACACUCCGGAAAAAACAACAGAAUCCACUGUGGGGACGGAUCAGUUGUCAAGCGAGAAGAAAACAGUAAAUGAUGGGGACGACAAUGAUGGGGACGACACCGAUGGAAACGAUAGCAACCACCCCCAGGUCGAUCUGCGGGAGACUGUGGUUAAAAAGACGUGGGAUCAGGUAUAUCAGGGCAAUGAGCAAGACUUUCUCUUUGGUUCAUGUAGCACAAAUGUCGAUAUCUCAACUCUGCACCCAGAUCAGGUCCAGAUUUUCCGGCUGUGGCAGGUUUACUUGGACAAUGUGAACCCUUUGCUUAAAGUUACUCACACUCCCACUCUGCAACCUCGCAUUAUCGAUGCUGCGGGCGACGUGGCAAAUAUCAGUCCGACAUUGGAAGCACUAAUGUUCAGUAUAUAUUGCGUAUCCAUAAUGAGCCUUGGCGAAGACGAAUGCCGUGCCAUUUUUCGGACACCAAGGGAGGAUCUUCUGAAAAAGUACCAAUUCGCAUGCCAACAGGCUCUACUGAAAUGUGGGGUUUUCCGUACCAGUAGUGUUGAGUGCCUGGCAGCAUUAUAUUUGUACCUGGUCUCAGUCAGACCUAGUACAGACCCUCGAUCUGUAUCCUCAAUGCUUGGUAUUGCUAUCCGCAUCGCACAACGUAUGGGUCUGGACAACGAGGCAACCAAUGCCAGAUGCACUGCUCUCGAGGGCGAAAUGCGUCGAAGGCUGUGGUGGUCGCUAACUAUUUUCGACCAUCGUAUCUCCGAGGUUACAGACUACAAGACCACAAUACUUAUUCCCACUUGGGACUGUAGGGCUCCCUUGAACGUGAAUGACUUCGACAUCCGGCCCGAAAUGAAAGUAUUGCCACAAGGUCACGAUGAACCUACCGAGGCUCUUUUCACUGUCGUACGCAGCCAAGUGAGCGACUUCAUGCGCCGCAGCGCUUUCCAUCUCGACUUUACGAACCCUUCCUUGAAGGCUAUCGUUAAAGCUACCCCGUACGGCGGUGGCUCAGAAGGAGAUAGGCAGCUAGCCUUUGAGCAGAUGAUAGAGGAUAGAUACCUCAGAUUAUGCAAUCCAGAGAACCCGCUUCACUUCAUGACUAUAUGGACGACGCGAGGCCAACUUGCCAAGAACCACCUCCUGGAAUAUUAUUCGAGAUAUGCUUCCGUGCCCCAGACAGAUGAGCAGCGCAAUAUCGCUAUUUCCUACGCUUUAAGCGUCAUUGAGUGCGACACAAAGCUUAUGACCUCUCCUCUAACGAAGGGGUAUCUCUGGCUUACAGAGUUCCACUUCCCGUUUCCCGCAUAUAUUUAUAUUCUGAAAGACUUGCGAAAGAGGCCUACGGUGGAGCAUGCUGACAGGAUUUGGAAGACUAUGAACGAUAACUGCGAAGCUCGUUCCAAGGAAAUUCAAAUGGUCAAUCGAUUCUUUGAUUUCUUCGGUAAAAUUGUGCUCGAGGCCUGGGAGGCGCGUGAGGCGGGAUACAGACAAGUAAACAAGCCACUUCAGCCGCCCGGGUUUGUAUUAAGGAUCAAAGAGGUCGCGCAGAAGAUGGCAGGUACACAAGGAAGCAACUCAAGAGAGUCCAAGGGCGGACUGAAUACGAACGCGGGUCAUUUGUUAAUGACUAUGCCGACUGACUUUGGUAGCCAUGACUUUCUGUACGGUAUGGAAGGUUACGGGCUUCUAAACCCGGAGUUCAGGGGCUAUCCUGAUAUACCUGGACAGGUGACAAUGGACGCCGAAGUGAACCAGUCAGAUUGGACAACAAUAGACUGGUAUCCGACGCAGGCUCAUAACUGGUAAGACUGCGGCUAGA